UAUAAAACGAUGACGGCACGCGAGGGUUACGUCGACCAGAUAACGAACAGUCAACCGAAUUUCAUUGAUAGGGAAUCACGCCUCCGCUCCGCCGACGGAAACACGAGGAUGCGACGUAGACCGUGUAUGUAAUUGGAACAACCGCGAAAUGGCGUACAGCUACAAUAUCGAGGAGGUGCCGCCGGACGAUGUGCCGUGCGUCGAGCACGAUGUCCGACGCGCCAAAAUGUUCCUGCAGAAACACAGCCCCGAAUCCGGCGAUAGCCUAUACGAUCACUUGACCGAGGUACUGGCCAAGAUUUUAGCUGAGAGACCGAAAAAUGCGGUCGACAUUUUCGAGGAGUACAGCAGGAAAGUGAAAGAGGAGAGAUUCAAGACCGAGACGAAUCAUCUGCGAGAUUUGUACGUUCCACCCGCUCGUUACGAGAACGCGAAGACGCUCGUGCAGCUGUUCAAGAACGUUCAGCAGAUCGACGAGCAGAGUUCAGAAGGGCUGGAGGAUGCGGAGGAAGACGAAGCCGAAGGGAGCAAGCAGAAGAAGCCGAACAUGCUGGACCUUUUGUUUUAUUUCGAGCAGACUGACGUGGGUCUGCCCCGCGGCGAAAUGGUGGUGCUUAAUUUGUCCUUGCGGAAGCUCGUGACCGAGGCGCCCAUCCAGAACGUCAGAUUUUGGGGAAAGAUCCUCGGAAAUCCGAGGAACUACUACGUGGUCGAGGCUGAUCUCCGAACGGAGGAGCUGAGCAAGAGAUUGGAGAAAUUGGCGGAGGAGAGGGAGCGCCAGAGGCUGCAGAACGAGGCGAAAGCCGAAGAAGCUGCGAGAGCUGCGGAAGAAGCAGCUGCACAAGCAGAACGAGAAGACGCGGAGGACGGCGACGAAGAAGCGCCGGAGAAGGAAAAAGACGAGGAGGAGGGCUUGAAGCUCGUGUUUCCACCCCUGCCUGUUUCUUCGUGGAAGCCGCCACCGGAAGUGCCUUCGGAGAGCAUCGGGACCGGUGCGAAUUCCAAGGUGUAUUUUGUAUGCAACGAGCCCGGGUCGAACAAGUGGAUCGAACUUCCACCGGUGACGCCGCAGCAGAUACUAACCGCGCGGCAGAUUGUCCGAUGCUGCACGGGAAAUUUGGACACGCCGCUGUACACGUUCCCGCCGUUCCCCGGAGCGGAAAGAAAUUAUCUGCGGUCGCAAAUAGCCAGGAUUAGCGCGGCCACCUCGGUCUCGCCGAUCGGCUUUUUCACCUUCGGCGGCGAGGACGAAGAGGAGCUGGCCGAGGAGCCGGAAGACGGUGAAACACUAUCGGAGAAUCCGCAUUACGAUCCUCUGCCGGUCAAGGAGCUGGUGGACUCUUCUAUGGCGAACUGGUGUCACCAUGCACAGUUUAUAUUGAAGCAAGGUCGCACUACUUGGUGGAAUCCUGGAAAAGAGGAGGAAAAUGAAGAAUUCGGCGAAGAGGAAGAACUGGAAGAGGAGGAAGAGGACCAAGGAACGAAGGCUCAAAAGGAAGUCGGGCCACCACUUCUAACGCCCUUAUCGGAAGACGCGAUCGACGACUCGAUAAUUCCCUGGACAGCUCGGCAAUCGUCGCGAGUGAUGACAGAUUUGUCGGUGGCAUUGAUCAGAUCGAACAUUUGGCCCGGUGCAUUCGCGUUCGCCUGCGGAAGACGCUUUGCUAACGUGUACGUCGGUUGGGGUCACAAGUACAAUGCGUACAACUAUAGUCCGCCGUCGAUGCCGCCGGUACAGGAUCAGUAUAAAAUCGGCCCGGAGAUCAUGGAGAUCCAGGAUCCUACCUACGAUCAGGAGGAGGCCUAUCGCAUUGCGCAUUUGCCACCCCCGCCACCUAUAGACAUGGGAGAAGAGGAAGAGGAAGCUGUGGAGGAAGAAGAGGAGGAAGAGGAAGGCGAAGAUUGAUGAGCCAGAUCCGCCGGUAAAGCAGAUUUCGAGUUAUCAUAAGUAGGGUGCAGUUAUUAUUAUUCGAGAGAGAGAGAGAGAGAGAGAGAGAGAGAGAGAGAGAGAGUUAGCCUCUGUAGAUACGACCCUUUGAUAAACUUAUUAAGUAAUUAUUAAAAAAUAUAUGUGUGCUUCAUUAGCUUAAGUUUGACGUUAAAGAACAAUGAACAAGGUGGAAGCCUUCGAUACUUUGUAAUAACAUUUUAAUGACCAAGAAAAACGUGUAAUAAAAAUAUAAAAAAUAUGUUCAUGUCCAUAUAA